ACUUCACAAUGAACAGCGUGUGGGAAUCUUCUCUUGAUUUGCCUUUGCGGUCAUCGUUUCCACACGUUGAAACCACCAUUUAUUCAGCAUUGAAUUACUAACGAUUGGUUGGUGGCAUUGUAGUCGACGAGCAAUCAAUUUCAUUUUAACAUGUGUUAAAAAAUAUAUUAAAUUUAUGAUCAUUUCAGUGGCUCUGUGUCAAAUAAAAAAUUAAAUUAAAUUAACUGAAAAUGGAAAAAAGAUAAUCAUGCAAGCAAUUGGAUUCGCUCUAUGCUUGUGUACAGCUUGAACUUAGUGUGUUUGACCAUCCACCAUCCUGGCCUCGAAUUUCCCAUUUUUUUUCCUACUUACUGUAUCUGACAAAAAAAAGACCAUUUCUUUAAUUUGACAUCAAUGCACAGCAGAGCGUGAAACCCUCUAUUUGACCAGUGAAGUUAUCACAAAUUUUCAUUGAUCUGACUUUUAUAUGGGAUCUGAUGUGCAUAUGAUCUUUGAUUAAUCAUUAAAUAAUUCAUAAGGACACAAGAAUCACAGAGAGUGAUUGGUUAUCCAGUAAGGAAGAAGAGAACAGAGGAAAAAAAAAAAAAGGAAAGAAAGAAAAACAACCCAAUAUCCUUUUCCUUUUUCUCCUUUCCAUUGUGAAAAGUACGGUUCCGGUCAGCCAAAAAAUGGGUCUUCCAUCUCAUACAGUUGAAAAUGGGAGCGUUUUGGUGGAUUCAGGGCAGUCCCGUCUCAGAGAGCUUGGCUACAAACAAGAGCUCAAGCGUGAUUUAUCGGUGUUUUCGAAUUUUGCGUUUUCAUUUUCCAUCAUAUCAGUGCUUACUGGUAUCACCACACUCUACAACACUGGGUUGACUUUUGGUGGACCAAUCUCUUUGGUUUAUGGUUGGUUUAUAGCUGGUGGGUUUACCAUGUUUGUUGGGUUAUCAAUGGCCGAAAUCUGUUCCUCUUACCCAACUUCUGGUGGCCUUUAUUAUUGGAGUGCUAGGCUUGCUGGCCGAAAUUGGGCACCCUUUGCCUCUUGGCUCACUGGCUGGUUCAAUAUUGUUGGUCAGUGGGCUGUUACAACAAGUGUAGAUUUCUCACUUGCACAACUGAUUCAGGUGAUAAUUCUCCUUAGCACAGGUGGAAAAAAUGGUGGUGGAUAUGAAGCAUCUAAAUAUGUAGUCAUUGCUUUCCAUGGGGCAAUUCUAUCUAUGCAUGCUAUAAUAAACAGUCUUCCCAUUUCAGUUUUAUCUUUCUUUGGGCAGCUAGCUGCUGUAUGGAAUCUUCUAGGUGUUGUUCUUCUUAUGAUCCUCAUACCCUCAGUUGCUACGGAGAGGGCUAGUGCCAAGUUUGUGUUCACUCAUUUCAACACUGAUAAUGGAGAGGGAAUAAACAGUAAAGUCUAUAUUUUUGUUCUUGGGCUUCUUAUGAGUCAAUAUACCCUUACUGGAUAUGAUGCAUCUGCUCAUAUGACAGAGGAAACCAAGAAUGCUGAUAAGAAUGGACCAAAAGGAAUAAUUAGUGCCAUUGGGAUAUCUAUUAUUUUUGGAUGGGGUUACCUACUCGGUAUUACCUUUGCAGUUACCGACAUCCCAUAUCUUUUGAGUGAAGAUAAUGAUGCCGGAGGCUAUGCUAUCGCUGAAAUAUUUUACCUUGCAUUUAAGAAUAGAUAUGGCAGUGGUGUUGGGGGAAUUAUUUGCUUGGGAGUGAUUGGAAUUGCCAUAUUCUUUUGCGGUAUGAGUUCCGUUACUAGCAACUCAAGGAUGGUUUAUGCGUUCUCGAGAGACGGUGCCAUGCCAUUGUCAUCUUUGUGGCAUAAAGUGAACAAGCAGGAGGUUCCUAUAAAUGCAGUUUGGCUCUCUGCAUUUAUCUCCUUUUGUAUGGCACUAACGUCUCUAGGAAGCUUGGUGGCAUUUCAGGCCAUGGUAUCUAUUGCAACAAUAGGACUAUACAUCGCUUACGCCCUACCAAUAUUCUUUAGGGUAAGCUUGGCUCGGAAAUCGUUUGUCCCAGGACCCUUCAACCUCGGGCGCUAUGGAGUGGUGGUUGGUUGGAUCGCAGUGCUAUGGGUGGCGACCAUCUCGGUCCUCUUCUCAUUGCCUGUUGCCUAUCCAGUCACCUCUGAGACACUCAACUACACGCCUGUUGCUGUUGGUGGUCUGCUUGUUAUUACUGUUUCUUGGUGGAUCGUUAGUGCUCGACAUUGGUUUACUGGUCCCAUUACCAACAUAUAAAAUACACGUCUUUAAGAUUAAAUAACAAUAAUAGAAAAAUACGUUUUGUUCAUAUAUUUUUAUCAAAUUCAAAUCGCCUUUUAGAUUUAUUUAUUUAUUUAUUAAUACCUGAAUUACUUAA